AUGAUAAUAUUCAAAUUUGCAAUUAUCAUUGUAUUAAUAACAACUACGUAUGCAUUAUGUUCAAUAAGUGAAAAACCAAAACAAACUAUUGACUGUCUUCAAUUUUUAACAACGGCACUUUAUGGAGUUACUAUGAAUGAUGUAAAAAUGAUAUGUAAUGUAGCCGUAAACAUUACUCAAUGUGUAAGCAAAGAAUUAGACGGUUGUAUUGCUGCAGAACUUGGUCAAGCGGCACUUGCUGAAGUUAUAAGUUUAGCUGAACAUUGUUGUCCUGUUACAAGCCAUGAAAAAUGUCCUAUUCGAAAUGGUUUAUUUCAAGGUGCACGUUGUUUUGCUGCCGAUUCUUUUGUUACUUUAUCUAAUGGAAAACAAAAACAAAUCAAUGAAUUACAAUCAGAUGAUAUUGUUUUUGCUUAUAAUGAUCAAACAAAAGCAAUUGUCACUACUCCUAUAAUAACAAUGCUUGAUAAUCAACCAGAUCAAUUCGCUAUGUUCAAACAUUUAACUACAGUUUCUGGACAAGAAUUAUCUCUUACAUCAUCUCAUCUUCUUCUAACUGAUAUUCAUGGUUAUGUUAUGGCAAAAAAUAUUCGUGUAGGUAUGAAUGUAUUUGUUAUGAAUAAUAAUGGUUUAUUAUCUAAUGAAACUAUUUCAAAUGUAAUCGAUAUUGUUAAACAAGGAUAUAUUGCACCAUUAACACAAGAAGGCACAUUAAUUGUUAAUAAUAUUGUAGCGUCAUGUUAUGCAACAAUUAAUAAUCAUUAUUUAGCUCAUGCUGCAUUAGCACCUAUGCGAUGGUGGUAUAAUUUAUUUGGAAAAGAAACUAUUUCAAAUGAAAACAAUGGAAUUCAUUGGUUUCCAAAAAUGCUUUAUGCAAUGACAGCAUAUCUUAUGCCUUCAAUUAUUCACAAAUAA